AUGACCUCCAGCUGCUGCUCUGGAAACUACUCCUCCCGCUCCUUUAGGCGCUGCCUGCCCUCCUCAGGAUCCUCCUGUGGCUCUUCCUACCCCAGCAACCUGGUCUACACCACCACCAGCUGCUCUCCCAGCACCUGCCAGCUGGGCUCCUCUCUCAGCAGUGGCUGUCAGGAGACCUGUUUUGAGCCCACCAACUUCCAAAGGUCCUGUGUGGUGUCCAGCCCCUGCCAGAUGCCCUGCUCCUACCCCAGGAGCUGCACACCCUGCAUUCCCUGCCAGGGGACAUAUGCUGGGUCUCUGGGCUUUGGGUCCAGCAGCUGCCAUUCCCUGGGCUAUGGAUCUAGAAGUUGCUACUUCGGGGGCUGUAGAUCCAGUGGCUUCAGAUCUCUGGGUUGUGAUUCUAGACUCUACUACCCAGCAUACUUAGCUUCUACAACAUUUCAACCUUCUUGUUAUAGAUCCAUCUGUGGUAGUGGCUUCUAG